GACGCCUGAUUGUUGGCCAUCAAUGCCAACACUUCCUCCAGUUCCCCUCAAUUUCUCUUUUAAGUUUUUAUUAAAGUCUUCAAAGGGGUCAGUGGUCCUACCAUAUUUUGGUAACUGGUGUGCUACUGUCACCUAUGUGCCACCUGUCAUGACCGCACAUUUGACUGACAUGUCACCCUUUCUACACUUUAUAAGCCUACACCUACAGCCCACCAGGAUGAUCAGUAAUAAUAUUUUCUUUUUCUUUACUUUAACAGGAAGCCACAGAUUCUGUUGUUUUUUGAUGCCACUGAUGUCGCUGUGUGUAAAUGUUAGCUUUAGAUGCCCCCAGAUGUCCACACUCAUGCUCAUCAUGUUUGUUUUUUCAGACGUCUCCCCCUCAGAUCCCCAUGAAGCUUGUUGUUCCCCUGAGGUCUCAGUAAAGAGUCCCUGCUCUCCACAUUGUCUCCUGCUCUCCGCAGCAUGAUAAAUACACAAUAUGUCUGCUGUUCCUAAUACUGGCUGGUGUGUCAUUUUCUUGGUCUUCUUUCCUGGACAGUUAAUUGCAGACUCCCAGUAUGGACACAUAUUGGUGAUUUGUUCUUUCUUUUAGACGUUAAGUCUUUAUUGUGGCCAGACAAAGUGCACCUUCAUUUUUGAUAUUUUUCUGAUUCUAUACCUCACUGUGUACUUCUGUAUACUUUUGUUAAUCUUCCUCUUUACUGCUGUAACUGACUCUUCUUAUUUCACCAGGACCAGACCUCUUGAUGAACAUUCAGGCCAGUCUCCAGCCCGCUCCCAUUGACGCUAGUAUUAAAGGUCUCCAUGAGACACACAGAGGUGGAGUGUCUGAAUCCACAAAAACUCUAGAGGAUCAGGAUUCUCCUGGAGAUCCACACACCAGAGCUGUGGGCUUUGAGACACGAUACACAGAGCUGAUGAUCAUCAAACAGUUCAAAAGAACCUACAGUGAGAGGCACCAUGAACUUGAGAAGAUGGGGAUAACUCAUGCAAAGCUGAUAGAGAAGCGGACAAAAGAGAAAUGUGAGCGAAUCUGGACUGAGCAGCUUUUUAGGAGGAGUCCAGGAAGUGAGACAGACCCUCACAUUGUAGUGGUCAGUGGAGUGGCUGGAAUUGGGAAGACUACCAUGGUCCAGAAGAUCAUGUUUGACUGGGCCAGAGGCACUCAGUGCCAGAGGUUUGCUUUUGUGUUUCUGUUUAAAUUCAGGGAGCUCAAUCUACUAGACACAGAGACAGAGCCACAGAUGCCUCUGACCAGGCUGAUUGAAAGGCACUAUAAAUAUCUCAAUGACGUGAGACUGAGGGAAAUCCUUCAGAAACCCAAAUCUCUGCUCUUUAUAUUUGAUGGACUGGAUGAGUACAAACACAAACUGGACUUUACACCCAGGAAACUCCCCUCAGACCCAGUUGAGAGCUUCCCUGUCCACAUCUUGGUCUCCAAUCUGAUCAGAGGGACAUUACUGAAGGACUGUACAGUCCUGAUAACAACCAGACCAACAGCCCUGGAGUCCCUGGACAUGAAGAGAGUUGAUCGAUUUGCAGAGAUCCUGGGUUUCUUCCCUGAACAAAGGCUGAUGUACUUUAAGAAGUUCUUUGGUGAUGCUGAUCAGGGCUCUGAGGCUUUUCAGUAUGUGGAGGAGAACACCAUCCUGUACACCAUGUGCUUCAACCCCUCAUACUGCUGGAUUAUCUGCUCCGUGCUGAAGAGCCACUUCAUGACACCUGAUGAAGAGCGAGGAGCUGCCCCCAGAACUGUCACUGAGCUCUUUGUGAUGUUCCUUCACAACAUUCUCACCAAUCAUAAACGAGAAGCCAAGAACCAGCGAGAGAUUCUGAUCAAACUGGGAAAGAUGGCUUAUUAUGGGGUGGCUAACAAGACUCUUGUGUUUUAUGACAAGUUUGAGAUGUCCACCUUUGGUCUCCGGCCAGUCCUGUCCUCUCCAUUUCUCUCAGGGUUCCUCAAAGAAAUCCUUCAGAGAGAAAGCACUCUGGAGCACACGACGUACACAUUCUACCACCUCACCAUACAGGAGUUCAUGGCCGCCUGCUCCUUCUACCUCAAUCCAUCAGGUGGCAUUGAGGAGCUGCUUGAGAAGUUGGACUCUUGUAAAGAUGGCCGGUUUGAGAUUCUCACUCGAUUCCUGGCAGGACUGGCCAGAGAUUCUGUAUUUAAAACACUGGGGGGAGUCAUGGGGGAGUUUAAGGUGAAGACAGCAAAGAAGAUACUGGAGUGGGUGAAGAAAAAAGCUGAAGAGGUGCUACUGAGACGAGAUAAAAGUGAAGCUCUGCGAUUGUGUCAGUGGCUCUAUGAGACUCAGAAUAAGAAAUUAAUUAGAGAUGCCAUUGGGAAGGAUUUAAAGAUGGACUUUAGUAGGAUAACUUUAACUCCUCUGGACUGUGCUGUGCUGGGCUCUGUCAUCAGCUGCUGUGGAGAACUUGAGGAGCUCAACAUGACAAACACACCACUGACCUUAGAGUGCAUCAUGAGACUGGCGCCAGGACUCACCUGCUGCAGACGUGUCAACCUGUCUGAAUGUCGUCUCACCUCCACAUGUUGCUCAGCUCUCUCGUCAGCUCUUUCUUCUCCACACUCACGACUGACUGAACUGAACCUGAGCAGCAAUAAGAACAUGGACGACUCAGGAGUGAAUCACCUGUGUGAGGGGCUGAGGAGUGAAAACUGCAAAUUAGAAAAACUGAACCUGUCUCUUUGUCGUCUCACCUCCAGAUGUUGCUCAGCUCUCUCCUCAGCUCUUUCUGCUCCACACUCACGAGUGACUGAACUAAACCUGAGCAGCAACUACAAAAUGGAGGAUACAGGAGUGGAUCAGUUGUGUGAGGGGCUGAGGAGUGAAAACUGCAUAUUAAAGAAACUGAACCUGUCUCGUUGUCGUCUCACCUCCAGAUGUUGCUCAGCUCUCUCCUCAGCUCUUUCUGCUCCACACUCACGACUGACUGAACUGAACCUGAGUGAAAACAACAACAUGGAGGAUUCAGGAGUGCAUCAGCUGUGUGAGGGGCUGAGGAGUGAAAACUGCAAAUUAGCGAAACUGAACCUGGAGUUAUGUGGUCUCACCUCCGGAUGUUCCUCAUCUCUCUCCUCAGUCCUCUCUUCUCCACACUCACAGUUAACUGAACUGACCCUGAGCAACAACAAACUGGGAGAUUCAGGAGCUCACCAGCUGGGUGAGGGUCUUUGGACCCCAAACUGUAAAUUAAAGACACUGUGGUUGAACUAUAAUGAGAUCAGUAAGAGUGAGAUGAAGAACCUGAGGUCACUACAGGAAGAGCUGAACAGGACUGGACGGCAGGUGAAUAUCGACAUAUGAGAAGACUGGACAUGCUGAUCAACUGACCCCAGUGAUGAUGCCCCCUGUCCACUCUCUCUGAAUUCUUCUCUUUAUUCUUUUAUAAUCCCCUCAGCUCUCCUCCACAUUUAAUAAACUCUCCAUGUCUUCUUCUCA